CAUUCAACGUCUUGUGUGCAACAUUUAGAUGCAAAGAAAGAAAUUAUCUCGUUAAUGUGAAUUUAAGAAUCCUUAUUUACAAGUUUUAUUGCCUGAAUUGGAAAUGCAGUUAGUUCUUAUAGUAUCGUUGAUUUCGUGCUACUGCACCAGAUACGUAAAAGGAGUUACUACUGAAAGUUCGGAGAAUGCUGUAGUUAAGGUGAUAAACCUCAUAGCGGAAGUUAACGUGAUGAAAAGAAAUUACAAUGAAUUACUAAAAAGAGUUAUGAAUAACGAAAUUGAAAUUGUAGAUAUGAAAAAUCAAGAAAAAUAUUGGAAAAAUGAAGUUGAAUUCAUAAAGAGAUACAUGACAUGUCAAAUAGAAGAGUUGAACGAUAUUAAUACAGAGAACAAUGACAAUCUAAAUGAAACAAAAGCUGCGUUGAUGAAAGCUAUGAUUUCAUUUAGUCAGUCAUUAGCGUUAAUGAAUGAAACAAUACAAGAACUGAGACAUAGUCUACCGGAAAAAGUUCGAUGUGAGGACAAUCUUACAGAACGUAUUUCUACAUUAGCUUCAGUGACAUCAUGCAGUAGUAGUCCUUGUGACAACUCUGGGUCGUGUUUGAAUGCAAAUGGAAGCUUUGUAUGUGUUUGUCCAAAAGGAUAUUCAGGGAAACGCUGUGAAGUUACUCCAUGUUUAAACAAUCCCUGUCUUCACAAUGGUACCUGUUCUGUUGGAAGCAGUACAUUCUCCUGCAGAUGUCACAUGGGAUAUUCUGGAGAAUCUUGUGAAGUAACACCAUGCAGUAGCAGUCCUUGUCAAAACUCAGGAACAUGUUUCAGUAUAGAUGGAACUUAUGCAUGUGCAUGUCAGAGGGGAUAUUCAGGCACACAAUGUGAAGUAACACCUUGCAGCGGAAACUUCUGUUUGAACCAAGGGACGUGUUCCAUUAUAAAUAGUAACUUUAGAUGUACGUGCAAGUCUGGGUUUUCAGGAAGAUUAUGUGAAGUGACUCCAUGCUCAUCCACACCUUGUCGAUUGGGAAAAUGUAGUGUAUCUGGUAGUAGUUAUACAUGUAGCUGUCCGUAUGGGUUCGAUGUCAGCCGAUGUGAAGGUUUGAAGAAAAUAAUAUCUUCUCCUUGCUAUCCAUCAAACUAUGCAAAUGAUCAGACUAGAUCUUGGACGGUGAUAGUUGAGAGUGGAUUUAAAGUAAAAAUUAAAUUUACAUUUUUCAAGACGGAGUUAAGUUAUGAUUUUGUAAAGGUAUACGAUGGAAGGUCAGCAACAAAUAUCCUGGGAUCUUAUAGUGGGGCGAGUAUACCACCAGAACUUAAAUCAACAAACAGAUAUAUGCAUAUUACUUUUACAUCGGACUCCUCCAGUACACUACCUGGAUUUCAAGCAAACAUUUAUUAUUUCAUAUAAUUUUUUGUCGUGGGUUGGCAGACAUUU